AUGGUAUCCAACAAUAAUAUACCAUCACCUUCUAACAAAUCUUCGCCCGGGAGUGAUGGUAUUUCAAUUCUUUCUGUCAACGAUUCCGAAAUAUCUACACCACAAAGUAGUAAUUCUGAGACUCGUAAUAAUAAUGUAGCAGCCCCACAAUCCACAUCAUCACGAAAAAACUCCACAACAUUAAAUAAAUUUCCGCCAGGCAAAGAUCUUGGCCAGAACAACAAUUCCGAUCAGACACCAUCGCGCUUUUUAGCAGGAUGCUCUAAAUUAGAUCUGGAACCUAAUCCAUUCGAACAAAGUUUCUCACACGUUACGCCAACUCAAGAGAAUGGAACACAAAGUCCGAAACCUAGUUUACCACCUGUUGCGGCGAUCACAAGUCCAUCUGCAGGAAUACAACCCAAUGAAUGUCAAUAUGGAUGGAAUUUGCAAUCGUUGCGAAGUGGGCCUUUGUCACCUUCUAUGUUGGAGGGGCCCCAAAAUCCUGUUGCUUUUGAUGAUCUUGCACAAAAUGGACGAACUGGCACAACACCAUACGGCAACUUUACGGAUUCAUCACUUUUUGGCAGUGCUGUCAAUGGAAACAUCACAUCAUCUAUGGUUAAUCCAAAUGCAAUGCCAAUGCUAAAUAUGAAUAGUUUAGAUCCUUAUGUAAUUCCGCCGGCACCUGUUGCCCCAAAUGGUCUUAUAAGCAUUCCUAAUGCAUCAACAAAUCCAACAUCAACAUCCUCAACUACAAACUCAUUGGUUACCAAUCCGCUGGUACCUCAAACUGUGAUUGUUAAUAAUCAAAAUCUUAACAAUAGAGGCUUUGCAGCCUCGUCUGACGAUGGCUAUGAUGAUGAACAAUUUGAUAAUAUGGAUUCGCAAAUGAAUGUUCAUAAUAUGAAUAAUGUAAGCGCUACGUCGACUACCAACCGCAAAACAGGAGUGAGGAACGGACGACGAAAAACAGAAGAUAAUCUUGCUGAUCAGCAACCGCCAUCAAAGAGAGCCAACACUCAACAGCAGAAACCAAAAGAAGAAAUGUCUAUGGAGGAAAAACGUCGAAAUUUCUUGGAAAGGAACCGACAAGCCGCACUUAAAUGUCGUCAACGCAAGAAACAAUGGCUUGCCAACUUGCAAGCGAAAGUUGAAUAUCUUACUCAAGACAAUGAGAGUUUGCAGAAUCAGGCCACACAAUUACGCGAAGAGAUUCUCAAUUUAAAAACAUUGUUACUUGCACAUAAAGAUUGUCCAAUCACAAAUCAAGCAAAUGGCGUUAUGGGACUAGAUACAAUGCAAAGUGUCGCGGGAAUCACUUCGUCGAUCUCCGGAAUGAAUCCCGCUGGCGUUUCAAUGGGUGUUGGAAUGGUAUCUAAUAAUAUGCAAAACGGUGGAAAUAUUCCUGGAAAUGUACAGGGACAACUUCAAAUGACACACGUUCCACAUAUGCCACAAAAUCAAAUGAAUGGACAACAAAAUUCCUUACGUUACUAA